AAUAAACUAAGAUUCUUCUUCAAUUCUUCCGUCUUUCAAGGACCCUUUCAAGAAAGAAUCAAAAUAACAUUAAACAAAAACAAAAACAAAAACAGAGAAAUAUUCUAGAAAUGUCGUCUUCUCCUCUUCUCCCCGUUUUGAUUUCUUCUACCAUUCCAUUGAAUUUUCUACCUCUACCUCUUCUUCCUCUUAUUCUUAUUCUCUGUCAUUUUUUUUCUUCUUUCGUAUUCUCUUCUCUUGGUGUUAAUCUGUUUCCCUGUGUUUCUCAUCUGGCUCCUAAUUUAUUGCUAGGAAGCCAUGGGAGACAUCGUGAAACAGAUCUUAGCAAGACCAAUUCAAGUGGCUGAUCAAGUCACAAAAUGGGCAGACGAUGUUCAAUCAUUCAAACAGGAAUGUGCAGAACUCAAAUCAAAAACUGAAAAAUUAGCCGGACUUUUAAGACAAGCAGCACGAGCUAGCUCCGAUUUAUACGAACGUCCGACACGGCGUAUCAUCGACGAUACAGAACAGGUACUCGAUAAAGCAUAUCUCCUUGUUGAAAAAUGCAGAGCGAAUGGGAUGAAACGUUUGUUUACGAUCAUCCCCGCAAAUUCUUUCAAGAAGAUGUCAGCUAAUUUGGAGAAUUCGAUCGGAGAUGUUUCUUGGCUUCUACGUGUGUCUGCUUCCGGCGAUGACCGAGAUGAUGAAUAUCUCGGGCUUCCUCCUAUUGCCGCCAAUGAACCGAUCCUAUGUUUAAUCUGGGAACAAAUUGCGACGUUAUAUAAAGGAUCUCUUGAUAAUCGAUCCGAUGCUGCUGCUUCUCUUGUUUCUCUUGCUCGUGAUAAUGACAGGUAUGGGAAAUUAAUUAUUGAAGAAGGUGGUGUUGGUCCGUUAUUGAAAUUAGUUAAAGAAGGUCGUAUGGAAGGUCAGGAAAAUGCUGCUAGGGCGAUUGGAUUACUCGGUCGUGACCCCGAAAGCGUUGAACAUAUGAUACAUGCUGGUGUUUGUUCUGUGUUUGCUAAGAUUCUUAAAGAAGGACCGAUGAAAGUUCAAUCAAUGGUGGCUUGGGCUGUUUCUGAGCUAGCAGCUAAUCAUCCUAAAUGUCAAGAUCAUUUUGCGCAGAACAAUAUAAUUCGGUUACUCGUGAGUCAUCUCGCGUUCGAGACCGUUCAAGAACAUAGUAAGUAUGCUGUUACUAGUAAUCAUAAAUCAAUUCAUUCACUUGUAAUGGCAAACAAUGACAACAAUUCAGGAAACAAGAACAAUAACGUCAAUAGUAAUAACAACGGCAAGGGACAUGAAGACGAAGAGAAGACGAUUGCACAUCCAAUGGGGAAUCAAAAUCCUAAUCAAAUGCAUAAUGUGGUUGUUAAUACGAUAGCGAACAACAUGGUUACUAAGUCAAAUAGCAAACCAUCAUCUCAAGGUCUGCAAAACAAGCCGCCGAAUCCGCACCACCACACCAAGAGCAGCAACGCAAUCCCAAAACAUACCCACAAUCAGCAAAAUAUAAAUUUAGCUGGAACUAGCAUUAAAGGGAGAGAAUUUGAAGACCCUGUUACAAAAGCAACCAUGAAGGCAAUGGCCGCGAAAGCCCUUUGGCAUCUCGCUAAAGGUAAUUCGGCUAUAUGCAAAAGUAUUUGUGAAUCAAGAGCACUUCUAUGUUUUGCUGUUCUUCUUGAGAAAGGAGUGGAUGAUGUUCAAUACAAUUCUGCAAUGGCAUUAAUGGAAAUCGCUGGCGUAGCUGAAUAUGAUACCGAUCUUCGACGAACUGCAUUUAAGCCCAAUUCGCCAGCUGCAAAGGCUGUAUUUGAUCAACUACUGAGAAUUAUCCAAGAGGCGGAUUCGGAUCUUCUAAUACCCUGUAUGAGAGCAAUGGGAAGUUUGGCGCGAACAUUUAGAGCAACAGAGACAAGGAUCAUUGGGCCAUUGGUAAAGUUACUUGACGAGAGAGAAGCAGAUGUUUCUUCCGAAGCUGCAAUUGCAUUGUCAAAGUUUGCAUGCUCGGAGAAUUACCUACACAUGGAUCAUUCAAAGGCCAUUAUAAAUGCAGGAGGAGCUAAGCACUUGAUACAACUAGUAUAUUUCGGGGAACAGAUGGUUCAAAUUCCCUCACUGAUUCUAUUAUGUUACAUAGCUCUAUCUGUUCCGGACAAUGAGGCGCUCGCACAAGCUGAAGUACUAACAGUUCUUGAAUGGUCAUCAAAGCAAGGUUAUAUGAUGCAAGAUGCUACAGUAGAAACUUUAUUGCCUGAAGCCAAAGGUAGGUUAGAGCUCUAUCAAUCUAGAGGUUCAAGGGGAUUCCAUUGAUUCAAAAUCACACAUAACCACGGCCAAACUCCUGUUAAAAAAAAGAAAAUAUAACACAAUUCUUUUGUUUAGUUGUUUGUUUCGUAAUUUAUCAAUUUACUUUUGAUUAAACCCCUUAUGAUCUUCAAAUGGAGUGUACAUUCGUGUUCAAUACAUUUUUUUUCUUCUUUUUGUAAUUUUUGAUCCAUAAAGAGUUUGGUGUUGAAUUUCGAACUCAUGUUGAUAUCGUCACUCAAUGGCGUUUUAAUCUUUUCUGCGUCGUUGUUGAUGUUGUUGUUAGUUAUUGGUAUAACAACUAGUUUUAUUUUCUCUUUCU